GCGCUUGCGCCAUAUUUUUCCGGCCGGCUGUCAUUCUCACGCUAAAGUUCCUCGAGGUUAAUCGUGGGGUGUUCACAUAUUUAGCCGUACUACCUACCAAUUAAUAAUUUCAACAAGAUGCCUCUGCAGCUCACCAAACCCGCGCCGCAGUUCAAGACCACAGCCGUAGUGAACGGCGAGUUUAAGGACGUCUCGCUGGCAGACUACAAGGGCAAAUAUGUGGUGCUGUUCUUCUACCCGCUCGACUUCACAUUCGUGUGCCCCACGGAGAUCAUAUCGUUCUCGGAGCGCGCGGACGACUUCAGGAAGAUCGGCUGCGAGGUGAUCGCCGCCUCUACUGACUCACACUUCACGCAUCUCGCCUGGAUCAACACGCCCAGGAAACAGGGCGGUCUGGGCCCCAUGAACAUUCCCAUAAUCAGCGACAAGUCUCACCGCAUCUCGCGCGAUUACGGAGUCCUCAACGAGGAGACGGGCAUCCCUUACCGGGGCCUUUUCAUUAUUGACGACAAGCAGAAUCUGCGCCAGAUCACCAUCAACGAUCUGCCCGUCGGAAGGUCGGUUGAAGAGGCCCUCAGAUUAGUUCAAGCAUUCCAAUACACUGACAAAUACGGGGAAGUUUGCCCGGCCAACUGGAAGCCAGGCUCUAAGACCAUCAAGCCCGACACUAAGGCCGCCCAAGAGUACUUCGGAGACGCCAACUAAACACCCAGACACAAAACAAAAGAAUACAAUCACACGCCAACACUCGUUAAACACUUCAACACAAGUUUUUAGGGAGCCAUUCGCACGAAUCCAACUCAUUUUGUUCAAUCUAUUUCUAAAUGAUAUUGGUGAUUUUAUCAAUUUCCACCGUAAAUUCCCAAACCUAUGAAUUAUAAAAUCCUCUUAAAAAACAAAUGUUACCUCUCCAAUUAUUAAAUUAUUUUUGAAUAUUUAUCCAAAUGAAUC